ACGCGGAGAAGGAGAAGAAGAAGGAUACAGAGUCAACAAACAAUAUUCGAAAUUAGAAAUUAGAGAAAUUGUGGGGUGGAGUCACAGAGGGCACGACCCAAGAAUUCCACUUCAAGAAUUGGAAUAAGCUUCUUAAACACGGCAGGAAGACUUUUUUGCAUCAUUACCACUGACUGACCACAUAUACAUAGAGAGAGAGAAACCAGACAGAUAGAAGUUAGGAGAGAGAAAGGACAAAGUCUAGAAGGUGGGUUGUCUUUCUUUUCUUGGUGUAAAACGGAACCCAUGUUCAUACAACCCUUUUUGUUUCCCCAUUUCUUAACACCUUCCAUACUUCAUUUCUUUUUUUUUUUAGAAAACAUCUGCUCCCUCUCUCUCUCUCUCUCUCUCUCUCUCUCCCCUUGAAUUUGGGGGUUUGCGAAAAUGGGUUUCUGAGGAAUUCUUCGGAUUUCGAUUUGUUUAAGAAUUAGGUCAAUUCCGAUUCAGACAUGGCCACUCAAUCGAGCACCGCAGUUCGACUCGUCCGAUGCCCCGGCUGCCGGGAAGUUCUCGCGGAGCUGCCGGAAGUUUCCCUGUAUCGGUGCGGCGGCUGCGGCACUGUCCUCCAAGCCAAGAAUCGAAAAAGGGAGACGACCGCCGGCGAAUCGCCGGCGCAAGAAGCUUAUUCCACGGCGAGAACCCAACAGGACAGCGCUGCAACGUCGAAUGACGGCUCGACCAGGCCGCCGUCGGUGGAAUCUUCGCCGGAUCAAUGCAGCAUAGGUUGUAAUGACGACGGGAUUAAGGAGGACAUCUCUGUCGAAGUUCCAGAAUCUUCGAAACAGGAUGGUUCGUCCAUUGUCGAUAAUUCGGGAGGACACGUCAGCAAGUCCGGCGACGAGAGUAUUGAGUCAAGCCGAUUUGGGUCCAAUGAAGUCCCGAGCUCCGGCGAGCUGACACAUUCGCCGGCAGAACAUGACGACGAAAUUCAGAAUCUUCCGGAGCUCGAAGAUGAGGAGGAAAUCGAAUCGCCACAAAACAAUGAUUCCGAGCUUGUUGUCAUGGAAGACGACAAGCCGAAUGUCGAGAGGGACGCAAAGAAUGCGAAUCGAAAUUCCGAUAACGCUGUCGUUUUGUCGCAAAGAUCGCUGAACGAAAGCCUUGAUUCGUAUUACCUUACCUGCCCCGACGACGAAGAGCCUCCGGAUCGUAAUUAUGGAAGAAUCAGCUCCAUCGACACGGCGGGGAGUUCGUCAGUUGCUGACCGUAGCUCCGACCCCAAGUUCAAAUACGAAUCCGCAGCGAAUGAUUCGCCGCUCAACGGGUAUUAUGCCUACGACGGGAGCGAGUCUUCGUACGAUGGAACUGAUGAUCAAAUCCGGCGACAUGUUCCGUCUAGAGUUCGUCCGGCGAGCCGUGAACCGGAGAGGAAUUAUUGUGCAACAAAUUCUUUACAUCGAGCGAUGCAAGGCGGCAUUUCCGGUUGUCGGCGCAGUUCACUCCCGCCUCGACCCGGUUUCAAUUCGUCGGAGAAAAAUUCGUACUCAGAAGCGGAAAAAAUGAACCUUUUGAGAAGAGUACACGAGCUGAAGGAUCAGCUCAACAGGAUACAUUUCCCGAAAGUUCAUCGAAGGUUUCCGGCGGGAGCUAUCGAGGAAAAGUUUAGUCCGUUGCCCUACGAAUAUUUAUGGGAAACGUAUUCGGGUCUCAACCAUCACUUACGGCACGAUCAUCGACAGGGCUGUGGCGACAGGUGCAGCGUAUCGAGACCGGCGUUUUCGGGCGAAGCUGUGCAUUACAGACACCGACACGGCUGCUCGUGCUUGCAUUGCCAUCCGCAAGACUGGCUCUACUCGGCGCAGCUGCCCUGUCGAAACAGGUGCUGCGAUCGUAACGUCGUCGCGAGUUUGUCGAGCCCGCAGCACUACACGAGCUCCGAACUUUCGCUUUGGGGCGGGGAAACGGCGAAUUCGGGCAUUCAUAGAUCGAAUGAGAUCAAACGGCUGCGGUUUAAAGAGAAGUACAAUGUGGCGAAGAAACAUCUCCUGCCUGUAGCCGGUGGCGCUCCGUUCGUCGCUUGUUACCGUUGUUUCGAAUUGUUGCAGGUUCCCGACGACUUUCUUCUGUUCGAGAGAAAAUGUCGACAGAUGAAGUGCAAUGCUUGUAGGAAGAUUCUGAAGUUUUCGCUCGUGAAAGGGACUCGAUUGGUCCCGUACGUUCCGAAGAAUGUGUCUGCACCUCCUCCGAGUGUCGUCGAUAACUACAUCGACAAUGCUGCUGAAUCGAGAAACCUCGAACAGAUGUCUCAUUCGAGUUCUUACCAACAGGUCGAAGCUUCGUCGUAUUCUGACAACGAGCGAUCGCAGGGGAGAAGCUGCUCGACAGAAGGCGAGGUUUCGGUUGUUUCGUCUACGGGUAAACAAGUCAGGAGAAGUCCUUACAAUGGGAGGAUGUCUUCGACGAGUUCUUCGAUAACGCCUGUUGAUAAUCGAAAGAUGAAAUCUGUUGCGACGGAGGAUCGGAGCGUGGCGGUAGGGACGAAAGCUGUCGAAAUCGUCGGGCCUUCUCGGACGUCGGAGAUUGAAGAGGUGCUCCCGAUGUCAAACUCCCCGCUUCAUCAGCUAAUGGGAUAUUCGUCGCCGAGCCAUGUGAUGAACAAGUGAACCAGAAAGACAAAAGCAACGGUCAUCUCUAAGAGGAUAACUGAAAAACCGGACAUGAACAGCUGCAGAUUCCCUUCUAAUGUCGUCUUCAAAUUUCUACAUUUGGUCAUGGAUAGAUGCACACGAAUGUUUCUACAUUUGCUGUCUUAAUUCUUACAACUUAGAGCGUAGAUAUACUUUUGUUUGUAUCAGUUUUUUUUUUUUCAAUUUGGUUUUUGAAUAAAUUCUUCACUGCUCAAUCA